AUGGGAUAUAUAAACACCUUGAUCAGCAUAAUGAUUACAUCAACACUCUUAGGUUUGAUUCUAUUUUUUAGGGGUGUUUUUAUAGAUAGAUAUUAUAUUAGGGUUAAAGCUGAAGGAAAAAUAGAAAAAGCAGAUCCAGUUGUACUGAUAGUGAUAGAUUCAUUUAGAAUGGAUUUAGCUGUUAGCAACUAAUUCAAUUUUAUCUAAUAAAGAAAAAAUGAUCCAUAAUCCCUUAUUUUUUUAUCAUUAGCUGAAACUCCAUCAGUCACUGGACCUAGAAUUCAAACUAUGACUACAGGUAACUUCGCUCCGUUAACAAAGGUUUUAGAUAAUUUUCAUGAUUCGGAGGUAUCAUUUUCAUUAAUGUAGAUUGUUGAAGAUAGUUUCAUACGUUAAGCAAAAAUGAGUGGAAAGAAGACUUUAUUCAUAGGUGACAAUAACUGGUUAGGACUCUAUCCUAAUGAAUUUACUUAAGCUCAUCCUUUAAACAAAAUGAGAGUCAAUUCUCAUGCUAUGUAUGGUGUUGAUAAAAAAUUUGAAAAAAUAUUUCACUAAAAUCUUAAUUAGAGAUUUGAUCUAACAGUGAUUCACUUUUUAGGAAUAGAUUAUGUUGCUCAUGAAUAUAAUAGAGUUGUUCAAAAUAAAGUUCUUGAAGAAUAAUUAGAAUAAUUGAGUGAUAUUAUAACAAGAAUUUAUUAGAGAUUAUCAAAUGAUACUACUCUAAUUAUUACAGGUGAUCAUGGAAUGUUGAAUGAUGGAAAUCAUGGAGGUAAUAGUUCCUUAGAAACUAAUACUGUAUUCUUUGUAACUAAAAAAAAUGCUCAUUAUAACAAAUAAUAUAUGAAAAAAGUUGAUGGAUUUCGAGAUGACUAUUAAACUUUUGUGGUCUCAAAGGAUUCAUAUUUAAGAACAAUUAAAUAAGUUGAUAUAGCACCAACAAUAGCUAAAUUAAUUGGAGUUCCAAUUCCAUUUAGUAAUAUAGGAAUGAUUAUACCAGAAAUAUUCCCUAGUGAUGUUGUUGAUGAUUAUUGUGUAGAAAAUUUAAAGCAGAUGUUUCAUUAUUCAAAAAAAAUAAAAUAAGAUUAAGGAUUAUUUCCUAAAUCAUAAAUUAGAUAAUGGAAAAACAAAAUCGAUAAGGUGUCUAAUUGUGUUUAAGCUAUUCCAAUUAUGGAAGAAAUUCAACAUUAAAGCAGAAUAAUAUGGAAUAAUUAUAAUGAACUUCUAAUAAUUCUUUCAAUUAUCUUUUAAAUCCUCAGUUUAUUACUCUAUAUUACUACUUUAUUGACAAUUAAAUAUGUUAAAGACUAUUCAUUAUGUAAUACAUUAAUGAGAUAAAUUAAAUCAAAAUAUAACAUUUAUAGUAAGUAAAUAUUCAUAGGACUUUUUGGAUUGGCAAGUUUAAUUUUAUUUUUUGAAAUAGAAGUUUUUAUAGCUAUUGUUUUAAUUAUAUCCAUUACAANGUAUCAUUUUCAUUAAUGUAGAUUGUUGAAGAUAGUUUCAUACGUUAAGCAAAAAUGAGUGGAAAGAAGACUUUAUUCAUAGGUGACAAUAACUGGUUAGGACUCUAUCCUAAUGAAUUUACUUAAGCUCAUCCUUUAAACAAAAUGAGAGUCAAUUCUCAUGCUAUGUAUGGUGUUGAUAAAAAAUUUGAAAAAAUAUUUCACUAAAAUCUUAAUUAGAGAUUUGAUCUAACAGUGAUUCACUUUUUAGGAAUAGAUUAUGUUGCUCAUGAAUAUAAUAGAGUUGUUCAAAAUAAAGUUCUUGAAGAAUAAUUAGAAUAAUUGAGUGAUAUUAUAACAAGAAUUUAUUAGAGAUUAUCAAAUGAUACUACUCUAAUUAUUACAGGUGAUCAUGGAAUGUUGAAUGAUGGAAAUCAUGGAGGUAAUAGUUCCUUAGAAACUAAUACUGUAUUCUUUGUAACUAAAAAAAAUGCUCAUUAUAACAAAUAAUAUAUGAAAAAAGUUGAUGGAUUUCGAGAUGACUAUUAAACUUUUGUGGUCUCAAAGGAUUCAUAUUUAAGAACAAUUAAAUAAGUUGAUAUAGCACCAACAAUAGCUAAAUUAAUUGGAGUUCCAAUUCCAUUUAGUAAUAUAGGAAUGAUUAUACCAGAAAUAUUCCCUAGUGAUGUUGUUGAUGAUUAUUGUGUAGAAAAUUUAAAGCAGAUGUUUCAUUAUUCAAAAAAAAUAAAAUAAGAUUAAGGAUUAUUUCCUAAAUCAUAAAUUAGAUAAUGGAAAAACAAAAUCGAUAAGGUGUCUAAUUGUGUUUAAGCUAUUCCAAUUAUGGAAGAAAUUCAACAUUAAAGCAGAAUAAUAUGGAAUAAUUAUAAUGAACUUCUAAUAAUUCUUUCAAUUAUCUUUUAAAUCCUCAGUUUAUUACUCUAUAUUACUACUUUAUUGACAAUUAAAUAUGUUAAAGACUAUUCAUUAUGUAAUACAUUAAUGAGAUAAAUUAAAUCAAAAUAUAACAUUUAUAGUAAGUAAAUAUUCAUAGGACUUUUUGGAUUGGCAAGUUUAAUUUUAUUUUUUGAAAUAGAAGUUUUUAUAGCUAUUGUUUUAAUUAUAUCCAUUACAAUUAUCCUAAUAUAUUCAAUUGUAUUAUUGUAUUAAUGUAUGAAGGAAGAAUCUGCUUCAUACUCUUCUUUACAUAAGGAUCCAAUCAAUUAAAGUAAAGAAUUUUAAUACUUUAAAUUUUUUAUUUUUGCCAUAUUUUUACAUAAAGUAUAUAGACAAGGAUCACUAUUGUUUUCUAUUGAUGCUGGAACUAUUGAACAUAAUCAAUUGUUUGAUUAAAUAUUCGAUUUGUUAUUUAUGAGUUUUGUUUUAAAUAUUAUGGUUUUACUUAAAACCUAUUAUGAUUCAGGAUAAUCAAAAAUACAUUUUAUUUAAUUAGCUAAGUCUAUUGGAGAAUAGUUAAUGCUUUUAGUUUUAACAUUAAUUUUGUUACAAUUAGAAUAUCUAUAUUAUGAACUUAGUCUUGAGCAUUCUUUCAAAAAUUUAAAAUAGAAGAAACAAAUAAUUCAUAUUUAUUUCCCCUCUAUUUUACAACAUGUCUUGCUAUAUUACUAUUAACAAUUAGGAAAUAAAAAUAAAUUCAAUAAAAUAAUAGCCCAUUUAUUUUUAUUUAUCGUUUAAUUCUACUUUAUUGUCCCUUAGGUAUCUAUGUUUGAUCAAAAAAGAAUCCUUAUAUAAAACUCCCUUAAAGCAUUUAUCUUUUGUAUGCCCUUUUUUUAUAUCUAUGCUAAGGAUUUGAUUUUCAUCUUAAUUCCUACAUAAUUGGCUACAUCUUAAUAUGGAAUUGCAAUAUAUACUUACUUCAUAAUAUUAAUGUUAUUGGUCUAUAUUUUAUCCAAGCCAUAAUUGAAGGUACUAUUUUAUAAUCUAUUAAUAGUAUAAUAAAUUGAUAUUUGUUGCAAUAAUUUCAUUAAUUUGUUAGUACACAUGGUUUAUGAUAGGCAAUCAAUGUUCUAUAUCUUCAGUUUAACGUGCAACAAAGAGAAUAGGGUUUUCUACUACUAAUGGUGUGGAACUGCUUCUAAUAAUAAUAUUUCUAUUAAUAGGCCCUUAUGUUGGUGGUUGCUUAUUUUUGAAAUUUGUAGGGAAUAUGUUAAAGGAAGAAAAAGAUGAAUUAAGAGAAUCAGAGAAGGAGAAUUCAAAUAAGGAAAUUAAACUAUAUUUUUUGCUUAACUUUUAUCUUUAGAUAUUGUUUACCCAAUUCCACAAUUAUAAUAAUUUAGGUGGGUAUACAACAAUUUAAUUUAAAUAUAUCUUUGAUGUAGUUGGAUAUAUAAUUAUUUGUCUGUUAGUUUAUAUUUAAUGA